UGAAAAGUUCUCAAAACGAGUGAAAUUUGACAAAAAUGAGCAAAACGAAUCAAGCGUGUGAACUGUCACUGCAGUGGUUGUUGUUGUUUUGGAUUAGUCAUUCGGCUGUGAUAAAAAGUUGAUUUUUCAUUCCUUUUCAGAAAAUUCCAUUCCAUUCUUUUAAAAAAUGCACGGUCGUUUGAAGGUGCGCACCAGCGCCGAGGAGGCCGCCCGCAAGCAAAAGGAGCGCAAUGCCAAGGCGGCCGCCUUCCGGGCCGGCAUGGAGCGCAUCCUGGCCAAGAAGGAGAGGGCCGAGCUGGACGAGGAACUGAUGCUGUUGACGGGGAAGAUCCUGUCGGCAAACCCGGAUGUUGCGACGCUGUGGAACCUGCGCCGGCAGUGUCUGCAGACGUUCGCCAAGGCGGAUGAGGAAACUGGAGGUCAGUCGCUGUUUGACAAAGACCUGAGCUUCACGGAGAUGUGCCUGCAGGUCAAUCCCAAGUCGUACUGCGCCUGGCACCAUCGCUGCUGGGUUUUGGAGAAUUGUCCCACGCCAAACUGGGACAAGGAAGUCGAGCUGUGCACCAAAUAUUUGAAAAUGGAUGAGAGAAAUUUCCAUUGCUGGGACUACCGACGGUACGUGGUCGCAAAGGCCAACGUUGCCCCGGCCAAGGAACUCGAAUUCUGCACCGAGAAGAUCCAGAACAACUUUUCCAACUAUUCCUCUUGGCACUAUCGGAGCAAACUGUUGCCAAUCCUGCACCCAAACCAGGAAGACGCAUCGCGUCCCAUCAGCGAGGAAAAGCUGAAGGAAGAACUCGAACUGGUUCUAACCGCUGCCUUCACCGAUCCCGGAGACAGCAGUGCUUGGUUCUAUCAACGCUGGCUGCUGGGCUACUCCCAGCCGGAACUGGACCUGGCCGCCUUCAGAAUGGACACGGCCAAAGGACUGGCCGUGGUGACCUUCACCAGACCGGUGAACCUCAAGCACAAAGACGCCAAACUAGAAAUCGAAGGACUCGAUUCAAGCGCCAACUGGCAAUCGGCUUGUUUCGACGACAGCUAUUCCGUCACUUGGAUCCUCCGCGACGCCACACCAAAUCUCCCCAACCAACUAACAUUCCCGCUAACCUUCACGGACGAAUCCGGCCAAACGCACACUCUAGAACUCAACAAAACCUCCCCCACCGAACUGUUCGCCAUUCGAAAGCCCAGAUUCGGUACCGAGUUUGGCGUCGCCGUUGUGGACGUGCUCAAAGCCCAGCUCGAAUCGUGCCAACAGCUGCUAGAGUUCGAACCGGACAGCAAGUGGACCCUGCUCACAGCAGCGCUCCUGUCCAAAGCCAUCGACCACGCGGCCAAUCACGACCAAAUCGUGCAGUACUUGGAAAAGCUGAAAAACGUCGACCCGAUGCGUACCGGCUACUAUCAGGAUCUGAUUGGAAGGUGGGGAACGGAAGUGCGUCUGGGGCAGUGGAUUGACGGGAAGGGGUGUCCCGCGGAGCGGUUGGACCUGUCCGGGAUAGGGCUGGUGCACGUGGCUUACGAGCAAUAUCUGGCGGUGGCGAGUGAGAUCGACUUGGGUGGGAAUAAAUUGGCGGAGAAGAGUUUGGCAAAGUUUGGCCAUCUCGUGUUUUGUCAGAAUUUGAUAUUGAAGGGCAACCAGAUUGCCGGUGAGACUGAACCAAAAAUUAGGCAGAUUUGUUCCGGCUUGCAGCAGUUGGAAUUGGUUUAACGUAAAGUGCUUGAAAUUUUAUCCAAUUUCGUAUUAAAAUAUUGUACAAGCAGGAUUUGUACCUAGUUUUGCAGGCACUUCUGAAAUAAAAUGAUCUUAAAUGCAA